UCUUUGCAGGACUGUAGCUCUCCUGGAGCAGAGUAGAGACCCUGAUUUAAGCCCUUUGGAUAUUUUUAAAACAACUUAAAGUGUAUUUCAACUGAUUUGUAAGUUAAAAAGCCAAGAGAAGCAUGUAUUUGUACUGCCAAAAUAAACACUAGCUAGUGGUCACGGAUCCUGAUUAGUGCUAAUCUCUGGAUUACUUCAUGUUAAUCUAGGGGGUUACCCACUUGAACAUGACUACAUUCGGAGGUUAUCUCAUCUCAGUAAACGGGUAAUGGCAGAGCAACUCAACAGUUUCAGAUCAAAUGCACCUGAAUGGCUGGCUGUCAGUGAAGUUCCUCCUACAUGCCUGUAAUUCCAACAGCUUUUAAAACACUAAUGCGGAUAAUGAUUUGGCCGGGAGCCUUGGGUGGAUUUGGAGGAUGUUCAAUCACCAGGGGAGGACAGUUUGGGAGCUGUCCGUCAUAUAUCGUUCUGGUAUUCGCAUGGAAUAUCUACAUUCUUGCAUUUUUAGUAGAAAGUGGUUGAACUGGUUUCCUGUUCUUACAGUAGAGUGACGCAAGGUUGUACAAAUGGGGGAACAUGAAACUCAGGCACUUGGAGGGAAUCACUCAGAGACACACCACACGCUGCCUAAGAGCAGGAACCUCAGACAUAUUGUGCUCUAGUGUACAAUGAGAAGGAGUCUCUAGCAGAGCGUAUUUUCACACCAAGCUAGACUAAUAAGUGCACAAGAGGACAUUUUCAAAAUGGACUCCCAUGGGUCUUCACUGGACCACGGCCAGUCACAGCUGAGUGGUGUGGAGAAGGUGUCUAGCAGCUGGCAAAAGCCCACUCAUUCCAGGAGCAGCAGCACAGCAUCUUCACGUCACUCACGGCUGCAUAUUAAAGACUGGGAAGUAAUGGAUGACUUUCCAGUAGAUUUGAACCUUACUGGAGAAAACAUGCAGGAUGCGAACACUCCAGGAAUCUGUGAAGGCUACUUGAUGAAAAGGCGAAAGUGGCCUCUUAAAGGGUGGCAUAAGAGAUACUUUGUCUUGGAUAAAGGGAUCCUGCGAUAUUCAAAAAACCAACAUGAUUUUUCUAAAGGGAAAAUGCACGGUGCACUAGAUGUCAGUCUCGCAGUUAUGUCAGUGAACAAAAAAGCAAGGCGCAUAGAUCUGGAUGCUGGAGACAUUCUGUAUCACAUUAAAGCCAAGACUCCGGAUUUAUAUUACAUAUGGGUCACCAAGCUGAGUGCCCACAGGAUGUAUAAGAAAAAUGAGGCUGCGCACGUUCACAAUGGCUUCCUCCAGGCCCUGUCCCAGACCAGUCAUUUAUCUAACAAAAACAGUCCCAUGCAGGACAUGGGCACGUCUUAUGUGGGUGAACCUCUGCCAUGUGUCAAUCCCGCCGUUAAUGGGAAAGUGUCAGCUUGGCUACAGACCCAAGAACCUGACAUCUGUGCACAAGAGCUUACCCGUUGUCAAAUGGAGCUGAAUGAGCUGCAACGGCUGGUCCAAAAGUUGCACUCUCUAGAAUCGGGCCAAAUGGUCAAUAACGGAGAUCUCCAGAGGAUUAUCAGCAUGCAGAAUCUCCUUCUUGACAAACCCAAGAAGAAGAGUGGAAAGAUUUGGGGUCAUUCUCGCACUCUGUCUCGAGUUGAGGCUCUUGGAAUGCUAUCAUCAAGCCACUUGACCAGUUCUGCCCACCUGGGAACCUCUGUCCCUUCGAUCCCCGAUUAUGUCUCCACCCAGGCAACCCCACCAGCCUCCACCUCAUCAGAAAGCAAGAAGCUCCACCAAGACAUCUGUUCCAUGUCCUUGAAAGUCCAUGCCUCUCUGCGUACUACACAUGAGGCUCUUGCUCAGGAGCGCCAAAGGCUGCAGGACACCUGGUCCAGCAGGGAGCUUCACCAGACCACCUCUGCCCAGAUCAACAACCUCUGCAGCCUGGCUGAGUUAGAUGUUAAGUCCCGUCACACCAAAAUCCACAAACUCUCAGUGUCCUCCGACUCCUCAGAAGAGUCCUUCCGUACUGUGCUACAAAGGAAGUCUGGCUCAGGCCGUAGUUUGUCUUUCCGUGCGCCCUCGGUGGCUGACUCAGCGGCAGAGUAUUUUGACGCAUGUGAUGAGCUUAUGUGUGCGAGCUCUUCUGAGAUGUCCGAUGAGUCCGGUCUGAGUGAUGGAUCCAGUAAUUCAGAGCCUGAUGAGGCUCAUGCAAUGGCUUCACGCAAGUACCGCGCCAGCCUUUCAAAGGCACCACCAAAACUGAACAGCAUAAAGAACACCGGACGUCGUACUACUCUGCCUGCAGUCUGCCCUGACAACAGCCACGUUGGAUUGAUGACUAUCCUCUACAACAACAUAGGGAAGGAUCUGUCCCGUGUCUCCAUGCCAGCAGCUCUGAAUGAGCCUGUGUGCCUGCUGCAGAGACUCUGUGAGGAGCUGGAAUACUCUGACCUACUGGACACUGCCAAUCAUACCGAUGACCCCUACCAGAGGAUGGUUUAUAUUGCUGCUUUUGCCAUAUCUGGCUAUGCCACGGCUCAGUUUCGCAACCGUUACAAACCUUUUAAUCCAGUUCUGGGAGAGACAUUUGAGUGUAUCAGAGAGGAAAGAUGUUUCCGCUACAUUAGUGAACAGGUUUCCCAUCAUCCACCAAUAUCUGCGUGUCAUGCGGAAUCCGACAAUUUCAAUUUCUGGCAGGACCAGAGAUGGAAGAACAAGUUUUGGGGCAAAUCUUUGGAGAUCAUGCCAACAGGGAUGGUGAAUGUGACUCUUAAAAAAUACGGGGACCACUAUGAAUGGAACAAAGUGGUGACGUGCAUCCACAAUGUCCUCAGUCAGCAGCGAUACCUCGAGCACUACGGUGAAGUCAUUAUUCGCAAUCUGAAAAGUUCGGUCUGCACCUGUAAGAUCACAUUCGUCAAGUCACGUUACUGGGGUUCAGAUGGUUCCAAAAACGAAGUGCAGGGUCAAGUUCUAGACGAGGCUGGUAAUGUCAUCCAUCGUUUUGGUGGAUUUUGGCAUGAAGGAAUCUUCUGUGACACCCUUCCCAAUCCACAGUGUAUCUGGAAGCCAAAUCCACAGCCCAAGAACCACAUGCUUUACUUUGGCUUCUCUAGCUUUGCAAUAGAGAUGAAUGAGCUGACACCUGACCAUAAGCCCCUGCUGCCCCCUACAGAUACACGCUUGCGCCCUGACCAAAGGCUUCUUGAGGAGGGGAAAAUAGAGGAGACUGAUAAAAAGAAGGAUGAAGUGGAGGAAAAGCAAAGAGAGAGGAGGAAAAUUCUGGCCAAGAGAGGAGAGGAGCAUAUCCCUCGCUUCUUCAGGAGAACUUUGGAUGCUGCUGGAAGGGAAGUUUGGCUUUACAAUGGAACGUAUUGGAAGAUCAGGGAUAAUCCUGGUUUUUCCAAUGUUAAAAACCUGGAAUUAUGGUGAAGAAGGCAGAAUGCUGCAACACUGCGGACACUUAAUGCCUGUGAUAAAUUCAGUUUGCACACAGUUUUGGAAAGACUUUACAAACUUGGAACUUUUGGGAGCAACAAUGAAUUGCCAAGGGUUUUUGUACUAAACCGAAUCCAUUGAGCAAGCGUGAUGCUUUUACCAAACAGCAAGAGGGAUACAUUUUGAAGAUUUCUAUUUAAUUUAUGGUUGAUCACACCAAAACUUGGUGGACAGUUUGACCUUGUCUUCCACUUUGGAUAAAGUAUAAGCCAAAAGGUAAACGAGAAUGUAUGCGAGUUCGGGAGAUGUUUAGUUUUAAAAAUUACACAGACGCACAUUUCUAUGGACAAUGUUAAAUUACUUUUCACUUUAUUUAAGUACUUAUGUGCCGGUGGAAACAAUAGGAGUCUGGAUAAAGAGAAUUGAUUAUUUGAUCAUAUGUAAUAUUCAGAGAUCCCAUUAACUAGCUUUUUCUUCCGUUAACUCACCAGUUUAUAAAAGGACCAUUAUUUCCCUUGCAAAGCUGUGUCUCAACCUGAGCAGGAUUGAGCAGUAAAUGGAUUAACUCUAAUUUGGGCCCUUAUUGACUUUUUGCUGAAGGUGGUUUCUGAAAUGUGUCCACAGCACUCUUAUAUUGCACGUCUUAUUUUUUUUUAACGAACUAAAUGUCAUAUUUUGAUUUUAGUCAAUGAUAUUGUAUUUAUUGGCAUUUAAGUAUGAAUUAAGCUCACAGUUUCAACCCAAACGACCAUAUUGUGUAGGCCUGGAUGUAAAAAAUCAUAGUGUACAAAUGUACAACUUUCAAGUCAUUACUUGUAUAGUUAUUUAAAACCGCAAUAAAAUGUACAAUAUUAAAGAAUAGAAAAAAAUGAA